GCAAAUUAGGUCAGUACUCCCAGCCAACAGAACAGUCCUAAUAAAACUUCAGAGAAGCGAAAUCCCAGCUUUCAAGAACAUUGACAAAAUCAGGAUCAUAUACAAUCACCCAUUAUACCCUAAAUAUCCACCGAACACAGUCGUCGCUGAGUAUUCAUGCGCCAUGAAUGCCAAAUUUGAUGUUUUACAAAUGGCGAUUGAGAAAGGUCUUGUGCACACUGAACACAUUGCCUGGCUAGAUAUAGGCUAUUUCAGAAACCUUCUAGAGCCCAAAUUUCGCCCAAAAGACGAGAGCUUCAGCCUGGAAGUCCCUGCGAACUUCAACUCUAGCACUGUUGGCAUGACCAUAGUGACACCCUGGACAGAACUGUCAAAGCUAACCGCCUGGGACUACAUCAGAGACAACAGGGUCUGGGUUACAGGAGGCUUUGUCUUGGCGACUAAAGAGGUGAUGAUGCGGUUCGCUCAGUCCUACACUUUGAUGGUCAAUGAGCUCAUCGACAUGGGCAUGUCCAGCACUGACCAGCAAGUUAUUGGGGCCAUGUACUCUCCGGAACACAUCGACCAACAGCAAGUGGACAUGGCUGAAUACAGUUGCCACGACAAGCAGUUAGGUCUCUACGAUAUAUUGUUUUUCUGCUUAGGGUACAUUUGCAAAGAUACAGCAGAGAAACGGUUACAGAAACAACACACAUUUACGUAUGGGGAACCUCAGCCAAAAGCAGGGAUAUUUUCAUUUCGGAGAUAA